AUGUUGUCGAGCUAUGUAAUGAGUAUAUUGAAUAACUCAUCCUUCUUCAUAGCUUAUGGUUUAUGUGUAAUACUAGUUAGUCUUUCGAUCCUAUUUAUCAUAGCUCGUGGCAUUGAAUUUGGUGAUGAAAAGAUACAAAAAAGGCUCACAUCGAUACUAAGUGGCUUCGUUUCCUCGAUUCUCUUCACUCAACCAUUGAAAAUCGUGGUAAUGGCUAUCUUCUUUACUUGUUUUUGUCGAAAAUCUCAAAAAGAUCGCGAAGCAAAUGAAUUCCUGGAUGAUGAUCAGAUUGGUCUAGAAGCAGAUGAAGACUAUUUUCACAAAACUAAGAAGAAGUCGAUGAUUACUCGUCCAUCUUCGUCAACAGCGUCUGAGAGAAAUUCAAAUGUGAACAGUCAUUCAAGAAAUCUUGAUGUAUUUUCUCAAUUCAAGUACGAACUAAUUGUAGAUGCCGAUGAUUGA